AUGUCCGACACGACAUUAUUCGAACAUGCUUAUUAUAUUGGGAAUAUCAUGGGGGCCAUUCUCUACGGUUUCGAGUUGUCAAUUUACUUUAUGAUUAUGAGAGGGUUAUUCCACCACUCUACGAAAAUUGCGCCUCGUAGACGGCAAUUUUGUGCUUCCUACAGCACGGCUAUGAUCCUGCUAUCCACUAUCGACGUCGCCUGUAAUGCCGUCUGGGGAGAAUCGAUGUGGAUUACAGACCGGAAUGUACCUGGUGGCGUUCCUGCAUUCAUAAUGGCGAAGGUUUAUAUCUGGUAUGAGACUCUGGGCUCUACGUCUGUUGUUGCUUCAGUAUUUCUCGGCGACGCUCUUCUGCUUUUUCGCCUCUACCUGAUCUACGGAAGGCGGCACAUCAUUGUCGCCUUCCCUAUUCUCGCAUAUCUAGUCGCCCUCGCCCUCGCCAUCCAACAAGUCGUGAUUUCAGGAGAGCCCAACGGCGACUUCUUCGGGCUCAAAACAAUCCGCAUCGCAGUAGCCUAUUAUGCAAUCACGAUAUUUUUGAACAUCCUUGUGACUGUCCUCAUCUGUCUCCGGCUUCUUCGGGUCUCCAAGAUUAUCUACGGGGCACUCGGCGCUGAGAACGCGAAGGUAUACACUAGUACGGUCGCGAUACUGGUCGAGUCUGCGGCGCCGUAUAGUGUUCUGGGUAUCAUGUUCCUGAUACCGUACGCUCUGCAGAGUGGGAUUGCGAUUUUAUUCGGGCAGCUCUGGUCAAAGAUGAGUGGGAUAGCUCCUCAGCUGAUCAUUCUGCGGGUUGUGAACGGCAGUGCAUGGCACGACGAGAUGAAUACCCGUGCAGAAACAGCACUUGCAUUCGCAACGACCACGACUGAUACCCAGCCGCCAGCUGUUGCGCUUCCUGACAACUCCCAUCCGUCUCACUUCGCCUUGGAAGAGUUACCUGCUGCGCGUUCGAAGCAAUAA